UCAGCUUGGACCCCAAUGGUGUUGCUGCUAUGCUUUGCAGCCUGGAAUUGCAUCCAUGGUUCAAGUUGAGAGCUUUAUUAUGGAUCGGUGGUCAGUGGUCACCACUAGUUGUCAGUUGAUGUGGUAUUUAUUUACUUUAGGUCCGCAUACUGCAUUUGGUUUCAAGCUCAUUGUUGAGGAUGGCUGCCAUGUUGCAGUAAAAGUGGAUGCAGUUGGGUACAAAGUCAUCACCUGCACAACAAUCUAGCCGUAAGAAUAUUGUUGACACAAGCAUUCUCUCAUUCUAGAGAAAAAAGUCUGUCGGCUAUGGCUAAUAAAGCUCGUAUCUCCAAGUGGUACUUCGGCGGACUCGCAUCAGCUGGAGCCGCUUGCUUUACUCAUCCACUUGACCUGCUUAAGGUGCACCUUCAAACUCAGCAGAAGAAGCUGAGUGUCGGCCGCAAUGUGGUGAACAUUGUCCGCAGCCAGGGCGUGCUCGCCCUGUACAGCGGCCUUUCUGCGGCACUCCUCCGGCAGCUGACCUACUCCACGUUCCGUUUCGCCGCCUACGAGGCCGCCAAACAGCAGCUCUUCUCGCCCGGCCAGCCGGUGCCGUUCCACAUGAAGAUGCUGAUCGCGGCCGGCAGUGGCGCGUGCGGAGGCCUGAUAGGAUCGCCGGCCGACAUGAUUAACGUACGCAUGCAGAAUGACGUAAUACUAGCCCCCGACAAGCGCCGCAACUAUAAACACGCUGUGGACGGUUUGAUCCGCGUGCUGCGAGAGGAGGGCGUGAGGACUCUGUUCGCCGGCGGCACCACCGCCACCGCCAGAGCCAUUCUGAUGACCGUGGGACAGCUCAGCUUCUACGACCAGGUCAAACAGACACUGCUGCGCACCGGCUACUUUGCCGACGACGUCACCGCCCACUUCACGGCCAGUCUGAUCGCGGGCGGCAUCGCCACCACGAUGACGCAGCCGGUGGACGUCAUCAAGACCGUCACUAUGAACGCCAAACAGGGAGAGUUUCGGGGCAUGUGGCACAUCAUCACACACACGGCCAAGCUGGGACCGCGGGGCUUCUUCAGAGGCUACGUGCCGCGCUUUGUUCGACUGGGACCGCACACGGUGCUCAUGUUCGUCUUCCUGGAGCAGCUGAGACUCAACUUUGGUGAUUUACCAUCGGUCAGCUAGUGUUGUCAUGUGAUGGACUGCAUGGUUGAAGUAUAACGCUUUGCACUCGAAGUCGACAAGGCACUUGUCCUGUGGCCAGUCAAGAUCAGGUGCAAUUGAUUCGAAAUGAUUGGCUUUGAAGGAUGAUUUGAAAGUGUAUGCAUAUACUAGUGUGGCAAUUACCUACGUGGAAUACCUGAGAUAUAAUUAUAGCAAUAUAAUGAUGUAUUAUGUGCAUCGACGCUGCAGUAAUCAACAAUUGAAUUGCAGACCGAGGGACAUUUACACAGUGUGUCGGUGAAGUCUUCCUCUGAAGCGCGAUCGCCUGAUAUGUGCGUUACUGAGCACAAUCCCAGCGUCAAGACGCUUUCUUAUGUGAGAGCAGUCAAUAUCUCAUAAGUGAUUUUACAUCUUUAUUAACUGCAUUUUAUUACAGUUGUUUUCUUAGUGACCGUGGAAUCUUGUUUGAGUAUUUGUUCUCUGGACGUCAGCCUGUUCCGCCUAUUUCCUGAAUGUGCUUUUGGGCCGACGACUUUAUAGCUGCGAGUGUUAAAGCUUGUUUGGGUAGGGGAUCAUGUUUGCGUGACGCGUGUAUGCCUACACAACUGGUCGAGAUGUCUUAUUCGUUACCUUUGGUUGUCGAAAGUGAAGUGUUGACAAAUUUGGAAAAAAAUGUACAUCUGAACCAUUGACCAAUACUGUAUUUUGAAUAAACAUGAAAUAACUUAAAGAAAGAUUUUGCACUGUGAGCAGAUGAGACUGAAACUGGGUCGCUCAUUGUUUUGUGGUAAACCUCGGUGGGCAUGUA